AUGCCUCCGAGAGAGGAUAGCUCGAAAGUGGCUCGAAGAAGCACAAGGUUUUCUUCAUCUUCCGCGGCUGUCGAGAACCCAGAACCCAAUGAAUCCCACCCACCAACCAUCGACGAUCUCACAUUCGGGGGAGAAUCAUUCCCUCUGGAUGCUCUUCUCUCCGAUUUCCCAGGCAGACGCUCUCAGAUUCUCGACCUCAUUCGUCUCAUGGGCCCACUGGAUUCCCCUACUCUUCCAGUAAUAGUCUACGGAGACGCCUCCACCGGUAAAACCAGUCUCGUUCUUCAGGUGCUGAGGCAUCUCAAUCGCCCCUUUGUUUACUCAAGUUGCCGUGCUUGUUACAACCCCCGCGUCUUGUUCGAAUCGAUUCUCAAUCAGCUGUUGCUGCAUAGCAAGUCUUCUUCGAACGGCUACUCUAGCGCGAAACGGUGUGACAAGCCGUCUGAUUUCGUCAACUUGCUUCGUCAAUCCCUUGGUAAUGUGAUGGAAACUCUUGACUCGAGAUCGAAUGGGAAACCUGUGGGGAAGAUGGUGUACUUGGUAGUUGAUCAUUUGGAUCUUAUCAAAGAGUGGGACAAAGGAGCUGUGAUUCUGCAGUUUCUUUUCAAUCUGUAUUCUCUUUUGAAGAUGCCUCAGCUUGGUGUUAUACUUAUCAGCGGAUUGCCACCAGAUGUGUACUACUCUAACAUGGGGUACACGGACCCUAUCCCUCUCUAUUUUCCUGAGUAUUCUGAAGAUGAUCUUCGUCAAAUCUUCCUGAAGAAUCAAACUAACCGGAAACUAUACUCUGCAUUCCUCGAUGUUGUGUUGAGACCUUUCUCUAGGGUCACCAGGAGAGUUGAUGAACUUUCCACAACCUUCUCGUCACUGUUCAGAAAGUAUUGUGAGCCGCUUGAUGAUUUAGGGGUUUCACCUAAUGAAGAUCUGAAGAGAAGGCUGUAUAGCCAUCUUAAACCGCUUCUUGCUCCCUGUUUGAAUGAGAUAUUCAGAGUCUCGAGUCGCUCUCAUGAUGACGAGAGAAGGCAGAAGAAAGCCAGUUAUAGUUCUGAAAACCGUGAAGAAGUUGGAGUAUUGGACUUCCAUAUGUCUACUUCGGCAAAGUUUCUUCUCAUUGCGGCUUUUCUCGCUUCAAGAAACCCAGCAACGCUAGACGCGUCCAUGUUUGACUCCACAGGGGGCAUGGAUAAUCGUAAAAGAAAGCGCAAGGCCUCGGAGAAAUCCAUGGAAAAGAAGGAGAUUGCAGAGCAGGAAGCAGUCAUGAAAGGGCCUGGAAGCUUUCCCCUGGAGAGAUUAUUGGCGAUAUUCCAGUGUAUUGCCUCUGUAGGAGACACUUCAUUUGGCGAAGAGGAAGAAGAGGAGGAAGGAGAAGCGACGGGUUACGACAGAGAGAAGACGAACCUGAUGUCAGAUAUUCUGCUUCAAGUGUCAAGUCUUUGUGAUGCAAACUUGAUCAUCAAAAGCGGAAGCUGCCCGUUAGAAGGCACUAGUAGAUACCGUUCCAUGGUGUCUGAAGAUCUUGCUCUUAAGGUUGGGAAAAGCCUCAGCUUUCCACUGGCCAAGUACUUGUACAGAAGAUAA